CAAACACACACACACCACACAAACCACACACACAGCAACCAAGCAAGCAGCCACACAUCACUCACUCAGGUCGCUCGCCCAUGCCUCGACAGACAUAGAGACAAGGGUGGCAGAUUGACGUAACUAUCUAUCUUGAGCUACACACCGCACGCACCCGUCAGAAUCAGACUCCAUUGUGUGCCUUGCAUCGGCAACAAGUGAAGCGACUGAAGGAGGCGAAGAAGAAGAAGAACAAGCAAAGAAGACGAAGAGGGCGCACAAUCUUGCGACAAGUCCGCCCCUCGCUUCCACCUUUGCGUCGGCCUGCGCUGAGCCUGUGCUUGACGUUGCGGCCACACAACGGUCUGGCGCUCUCCACUCUGUACCCUGCUUCUUGCUUGCCCAUCAGCGUUGGCUUCGUGUCAGAUCGUACGCGUGUACGUGCCUGUGCGUACGGCAACAAUCCCACCUUGUUGACUGCAGAAGCGCGGCGCCGUCCCCAUCUACAGCACGGCUCUCGGGCGUGUCGUUUCCGUCUUCACCCCUCUCCUGCGCCUGCUGAUUACGCGCGCUGUUCCUGCUCUUCCUGCGUAGUCGCAUGCUGGGGCCUGGAAGCGCGUGGUUGUGAUUCCAUCCGCGACGCUCUUGUCACCCGCGCUCUGCUGCGGGCGCGGACAUUCUCGGUUGCGGGGCUUCCUCGCUGCUGUUCACAUGCAUCCAGCAAUGAGCAAUCGCGCACCUGCAUCGCAGGUGCCGCUAACCACUCGCACAUCCUCUCUACCUCCUGCACGCACACAUAUCCGCCACUUCCAAGGGCGGCCCCGCCGCGUACGGGGAAGAGCAGGCCCGACACCUUCCAGAUGGCUACUGGCGUUUGUGGUGGUGCUUGCGCUCUGCGUGCCGAGCGUUCUGAUGCAGAACACAACAACAACAACGACGACGACGACUCCACCAACAGCGACAUCAACGGUUAUGCCGACCACUACAGCCACUGCCGCCACCCCACCACUGCCGACUGUUGGCAACAACACUAACUCAACAACCAACGCAACAACGACAACAGCCACGACGACGACGUUCACAACAACCCCGGUGUCCACGACAACGACGGAGGGCUGCGUUGAUUCUGACCCAUUUCUGUGCGGCUUUAUCGCGGAGGAAGGCCACUGCCGGUCCCCGGAGUUUGUUCAUCUUGCCUCCCUCUGCUGCGCAACGUGCUCCAACUCCACGUUGGCGGGUGCAGAACGGACGUGGUAUGUGUGCGGGUUUGGUGGUGACGAACCCAGCUCCGUGUGCCUUACACGCGGCCAAGAAACGUGCUUCCCCGUCGUCACAUCUCCACGCUCCUGCACUCGACUACCAACUGUAUUUGGGCUUGGGGAGCGGUAUCUUCGCUUGGAGGAUCAAGGCAGCGCACCAGGCGAUGAAUUGAACAACUUCCACUUCUCCAUCCACCGAGAUGCUGCGUGCACCACAUCCUAUUCCCUCGACUCUUCUCUCAGCGGAUCAACAAACCUUGGCUCGUGCACGGCCGUAUCUGCAGGCACGACCACUAUUUUCCACAUGACGGUGUUUGCCAACUGCACCGAGCAGCAAGGGAACUGGACUUGCUUCGGGACGAACCUGCCGUGUUUCCACUGGACACGGCGAUCGAGGGACCUGUGUGAGCUUCCUGGCGACUCGGUCACGUGCAAAUGGGACGCGGCAACACAGUCGUGCACCCUCCCUGGCGCUGCGCAGGGCUGCUCGGGCCGCGUGCCGCCAAACUGCGCAUCGGACACAUGUCGCUACGAUGCUUACUUCAGGCGCUGUGUCCCCACGUCCCAGUGCCAGUGUACGAUGGAUGGGCUGAGCGGGGGUGUUCGCGUGUUCCAUCAAGGGUGUAGUGCCGAUCAUCGUGAGAGCAUGUACAGUGGCCAAUCCAUCUGCUAUAUCCGCGGUGGCGCAGCGGCUGCGGGCACCUGUGGGUGUGUGCAGCAGAGCACGGUUUAUCCCGGCGCUGCCUUCCGCCCCUGCAUUGGCAGAGACAACUGCAACGUGCUGCUUCUUGAGUCCGAUGAUGCACCCAUUGUCAACGGCAUGUACAUUGCCACCCCGUCAGACGUCAGCUCCUAUGGCUGCGUCCCGACAUUCAGCUUCCUGUCGUCGGCGUACGGCCUGGGCGAUUCCCGCAUGCUCUUCACAGCAGAGCCUGAAGAGGGCAAGGCACCAGAGAACCUCCCGUGGCGCAACAUUGCGGACACGUGGCUGUUCUUUGAGUUGAAGGAUGCCAUCAGCAUCUUCCAGGACAUUAUUCUCAGUGGCUUCAUCGCCAGCGAACACGUGCCCCUUAUCCGCGAGACACCGUCCAAGGACCCGGCCAACCUCACGGGCAUAUGGGAUGCCCUCUCGGGCACAGAAAUCAGAAAACCCGUGUUUGUGCGCCACACAUGCUCCGCCCAGCUCCCAUGCAGCCGCCCACUCGUCAAUGUCUUUCCAUCAGACAUUGACACGAGCAUGACUGUUGGCGACAAGAUUGCGGCUGUGCAGACCAUACCAGACCUGGCAACCAUCGUGGCGGAUCUUGUGGGCACGCCCCUGUUCUACUUCCUCUCCACCUCUGUCGUGGCGACGCGGACACCCAUAGUGCGCGCGUCGUUUGUGGCGACCCAGCCCGACAUUGCCAACACCACGUUUGUGCCCACUGUCUCCCUGUUCACCUGCACGGGCGUUUCGCGUGCAAACCCAAAGGCCCAGCUCGAGACAGUGACGGAGACGAUGGACAUGUCGACGGUAGCGCUUCGCAGUGGCCUCUUCAGCCUCUCCCUUCACCCCUACGGCGCCUACCUGUGCCGCCAGCACAACACUGGGCCGGCGUGUCUCGCCACAAAGGACGUGGACCACAUCUUCCUCACGCCUGCGCGACCCCCGUCCACGACCGUGAGCAACUUGGGAAUACAGGCGCUCACCCCCGUGUGCGCCACGCUCAACUGGGACGCCAUGGACAUUCGUGACGUGAACGGAGAGCCGAGGGGAUAUCGCUUCAACGUCACGGCAGGCCGAACCGCCAUCUCAUGUAUCUCCCUCCCCCAACCACCACCGCUGCCGCCCCCAUCCAUGCAGGUGUCGAUUGUUGCUGUCAACAAUGUUGGAACGGGCCCCGCUGCGUUCACGUCAUUCUACACGCAGGAUGGACUUGUGCUCGGCAGCCCGCCCCUCAACGUAUCGCGCAUGGGCCCCGAGCAAAUCGUGCUGACGUGGCAGCCGCUGCCCGCUCGCCUCCUCAACGGCCGCGUGCGCUCGUACCACAUUGUGGAGUUCUCUGCAGCCACGGUCGAAGCACUGGACGCCCUGUCCAUUGCGGACGGGAGCAACGAUCCGCGCACGGCCGAGACGCCCGACACCGAUUUCGGGGGCAUCACUGUGGUGGACGCAGACACGCUGCAGUACGAGGUGAACAACCUUGUGCCCGAGCGCGCCUACGCAUACGCCAUUGCCGUACAGAACCAAGACAACAUCGGAGCUUACGGGGAUUUUGUGACGGUUGCUGCUUCGACGGCUGGCUCGGGCUCAGACGGGCUGUCUGCCUCAGACACCGUCUCCAUCAUCGCCUUCGUCUUCAUCCCAACCAUUGUUGGCCUCAUCCUCUUUGUCACAUACCGCCGCUUGCCGUAUCUCCGCCGGAAAAUGCCCAACACCCUUCCACCGGACGUGAUGCGCCAGUAUGAAAUCCGCAACGCCUCGCUCGUGAUUGUGGACGAGCUGCUGGCAGAGACAUCCAUCUACACCAUUCUUCGGGGCAGCAUGCCCAAUCUUCUGCGAAAGGACAAGGAGGAAAUUGUGUCCGUCACCGUCAAGCAGCUGCGUGACCCUCGCUCCGACGACCAGCUCCUGGCACCGGAAUCCAUCUCCGACAACGAAUUUUCGCCAGCGUCGGACAUGUUUGCGUUUGGAGUCGUGUUGUGGGAGAUUUUCUCGUACGGGCAGAAGCCGUGGGCGGGAUUCAGCAACUCUGAGGUGGCAACAAACGUCUCCAAGCGAGGCACACCGCUUGAUCGUCCUCAGGCCUGUCCGCAUUCCAUCUACAAGGUGAUGUUGCAGUGCUGGCGCAUGGCGAGCUCGGAGCGGCCCAUACCGCAGAAGCUGCAGGAAUUGCUGUCGGAGGCAAUGGAGUCAAGCGCUUCAACCACGUUGAUAUCGCACACGAUAACUCCACGCCAGUCCCUGGUCCCGACGGAGAGCAGUUCGGGGUCGCGUUUCGGAUCAGUGGACACCAUCGACGCGAUGGGGAUGGCCUUGUACGACGCGCCCAACAGCGCAGACGUGCUGACAACAGACAGCGAUGCCUCGCUCAUGCAUGGGCAGGCGCAGCUGUUUUCCAAGGCAGAUUUGAAUGCCUAUGCCAAGAAGGACAGCGACGAGCCACGGCCUUCGUCGCUCACGCCGUCGACCGACAGUGACAGCCAUGAACAAGGCAACCACCAUGACCUCAAGGCAUUUGAUUCGCCAAGCCCCAACAACAGCCAGCUUUCUCCCUUAACCACAAGGAAGCAGUCAUUGUCCAAGCUCACACGCGCCUCGUGCGUGUGAGUGUGUAGCGCGCAUUCCCUUUCUGUAGUGCCAUUCCCAAUGUCACUUUGCCUUAAUAUCAUGUGGGCAGAGCAUUUCUUGCUGCUCUGCCUUGUUGUGCCGCUCACAGCUUCCGCUUUGCCAGCCUUGUGUCCCUGUCGUUUUUGUGAGAUUCAUUAGCUUGAUGAUGCUUUCUUCCAUAUGUUCCCCUCCCCCCAACACACAUACACACAUUUAGCCUUGCCUCUGACCACGCGUAUUUGAUGACUGUUGAUAGGAUCUGCCGCAAUUGUACAGUUUGCACAUUCUAUGAUGAACAGAGCACCAGCA